CACACUUCGGACCCGAACCCGAACCCGACCCUCGUUCGCAUCCAUCUUUAUCAGCAAGGCCGGCCGGCAUAUCAUAGACGGAAGUCAUAUCAUACUAUCACUCACCUAGGUAAUACAUGUCCUCCUUGCUUACCUUCCUAUUAUUACUGCCCGACCACCUACCACUGCAACUCUGCAGCGCUGCAACAAUACCCCACGGGCGAUACCAGACCAACGGCGAGAAUCCAUUACUACAACUUGGUUUAUUUGCUCCAAUCCCAACCAAUCUGUCUUGUCGAUCUGGUGCAACCCAUCCUACGCAUCCUCCCGCGAUCCUCCUCCUCCACCUUUAUCACCUCUAGGUGCAUGGCUCUUGUCAUACGCCUCGAUAACCAGCCAUAGAUAGUGUCUAACAGCCAAUCAACAGCCCUGUACCCCGCCAAUUGCGCACUCCCAUUCCGAGCUA